AUGUCGGAGCUCUGUGCAAUCUCAGUGGAUCCUUUACAUUAUUCGGCGUCACUUUUCAAAGCAUAUCGUCUUGAUCUUUCCUUGCGGCAUUAUUUCUUGAGAUCUUGGAAUGGUGUGUCAGUGCUCUUCGAUCCCAAAGUUGUUAAAGCCUGUGACAUGGAACUAUUUACGGAUGCCCCUGCAUCAACCGGUUUUGGUGGAUAUUGGAAAGAUGAAUGGUUUGCCUCUUCAUGGCCUGAUUUUGUACCUAAAGGAUUAUCUGUAGCAUACUAUAAACUAUUGCCGUUAGUUUUACCGGCAUCACUGUGGGGCCGACAUUGGGGAGGAAAAAUGAUUCUGUUUCGAUAA